GUCAGUGUCAUUGCUCACGACGAGUCACGACCUGCUCGUUUGUAGAGAACCUUUGUACAGGUGCUAAUGGAUUAUUUAUGAAGAAACCAAGUCGUUAAAAAAACAGUUUCAAAUUUUGAAUCAUUGUCUCGUAUAUUAUGGCCGCAGAGGAAUUUCAAAAUGUUAUCGAUGAGUUGGUAGAUUGUGAAAUAGAGCCGGCAGGAGCAUCUGCUGAAACGAUGUUGGUUGUUACUGCAAAUAGUUAUGAGGAGUACGAAGAAGAAAUUAAUAAUCAGAAAGAUGACAAACGAAUAAAUAAGAGAUUGAGUAAACAAAUUCAAGAAGACGUUAAAGAUGAUUCCAGAAUAGGUCACUCAACGAAUUCUGUCCUCUUGGACAAUGUGCCUUCUUCAUUGGACUACUCUGAUAUGGACGAAAUUUCAAAUCAGUUAGGAAAUAGUAGUUUAGAAACUGAUCCAUUGCAAUGCAAGAUAUGGCUUGCUCGUAAAAAACAUGUAUUUGUAUUAAGUCAAGCUGGAAAACCAAUAUAUUCGAGAUACAGCUCUGAAGACAAACUCGUUACAGUCAUGGGAGUUAUGCAGGCUUUGGUGUCAUUUGUUCAAGCGAGCAAUGACAUGAUCAGAUCAGUACACGCUGGAGAUACAUGUUUUGUUUUUGUAUUAAAAGGUCCACUGAUACUUGUUUCUGUAUCCAAAACUUUGGAAAGCGUAUCACAACUCGUAUUACAGCUAACGUAUGUGUAUAAUCAAAUACUUUCGGUACUGACACAGACACAGUUAACGAGGGUGUAUGAUCAAAGAAGGAAUUUCGAUUUGAGAAGACUAUUGACUGGUAGUGAACGACUAAUAGAUCACUUACUCAAUUUUAUGGACCGAGAGCCAGCAUUUUUUCUAGGAGCAGUCAAGUGUUUGCCAUUGUUACCUGCGAUGCGAGAUUCCAUUACGCAAACUAUCAUUCAAAUUUGUGGGAAAAUCAAAAAUUUAGUGUUUGCAAUUCUUUUAGCGAAUAACCAAUUGGUGACAUUAGUUAGAAUGAAAAAAUGUUACAUACAUCCAGCGGAUUUGCACUUGAUCCAAAAUUUAGUCAGCAGUUCUGAAUCAUUUAAAACGGCAGAGAGUUGGACACCAAUUUGUUUGCCAAAAUUUGAUGCAAAUGGUUUCAUGCACGGGCAUGUGUCAUAUUUGUCAGAAGACUGCCAAGCAUGUCUGUUGUUACUUACAGUAGAUAGAGACGUAUUCUUUACUCUGUCGGAAGCAAAAAAAAAAAUUAUGGAGAAGUUACGAAGAACAAAUUGUCUUGAGGCCAUAAAUGAAUCAAUGAACAAAGCCUCUAUUACGACUACAGAAAUUGGUUUGCCUGAAAUUCGACACAUUUUGUAUAAAUGCAGAACUACGGCUCAAUUCUGGAGUCCUGGCUUUCAACCGCCAUAUACUACAGAUGAAGAAAUAGAAAGGUUACUUGGAUCAUAUCAAUGCCUACAUCAUAGAUUACACACAACCAGCCGCCCUUUGAAGUUAAUAUUUCAACAACUGGACAAAGAAACUAUGCUGGCAUGGGUUACAUCAGGUUUUGAGCUUUAUGCAACCUUUGGACCUCUAGUCACUAAGCCAGAUGCUAUAAAUGCGGUCAGUAAAAUGUUAAAAUGGAUAAAGAAGGAAGAAGAACGAUUAUUUAUUUUAAAUCCACCAACAUUUUAGAAUUUGUAACAAAGAAAAAACAAAGACUACAUCAACUAUAUUUACUUGAAAAAAAUCAGACCAAUUUUACAACAUGUCUGAAAAUUAAAGUACUAAACAUUUUUUUAUGUCCAGUACUUUUAAUUAUUUAUUAUAUAAAUUCAAUUAUACUUAAUACACAUAAUUGUGAAAAUGAAUUGACUGCGCUCAUUCCUUUUGUAAAAAGAUAUUGAAUUUAAGAGAAGGAUCUAGGUACUAAUUGAUAUAGACAUACUCGCAUAUUUGAUUUGUAAGAAUCGCUAGUUGUUUUUUACUAAGCAGAAUUAAAAAUUAACAGCAAGUAUUCUAUUUAGGUAUUGUUUAUAGGUUGUUAAAUGUAAAUAGCAUGUUAAUAUAUCAUAUUGAGUAAGUAAAAGUAUACACUUGACUAAAUUUUUGAAA